AUGACGUUAGCCACAGUUGGUGUGCGCCGUGCGCUGGGUGCGCGCCGUGUGCUUGCGCGGAGCCUGAGCACCGAGGCACAAACGCAGGUCGUAGAACAGUCCAUGCAAGACAUGGUGCGUCAGCGUGACUACCCUGCGUACCUGACGCACUUUGCCUACGACCGUGCUCUGCAGCCCCACUUUUUUGCGCUGCGCGCCUUCCACAUCGAGCUUGCCUCCCUGAAAGACGCAGUGAGCAACGAGCUGGUGGGCCGCGUGCGCAUGCAGUGGUGGCGCGAUGCGAUCGAGGGCAUUUACAACAACCGCCCCCCGAAGCACCCCAUUGCGCUCGCCCUCGCCGACGCCGUGCUCGACCCGGCGGUGGCGGCGCGCGGCCAGCUGGUCAAGGAGCACUUUCUCGCGAUCAUUGAUGCACGCGAGACCGACCUCGGCGACCCCCUUGCGCCGCCCGCGCUCGCAGAGCUCGAAAAGUACGCCGAGUCGACUUCGUCGCGCAUACUUUACCUCUUGCUGAACCUGCAAGGCGUGUCGGAGCGCGCGCUCGACGAAAUUUUCUCCCAUCUCGGCAAGGCAAUGGGCCUGAGUAUUCUGCUCGGCGCGCUUCCGUUCCACACGCACCCCCCUCCCCGGCCACGCACCGGCGGCGGCGGCAAUAUACCCGGCCUGCCCGGCGCGGCGCGGUACGCUCCCCAGAGCGACGGCAUUCCCCGCACGCCCACGCUCCCCCUUCCUCUGGAGUACCUCGUGCAAUGCAACGUGACCCAAGAGGAUGUAUACCGCAAUGGAAUCAACGCAAAAGGUCUACGCGACGCUAUCUUUUACACGGCGACGCGUGCGAAUGACUAUCUCAUUACUGCGCGCACAGCGCUCCGCGAUGCGUACGGCGGCGAGAUGCCGGCGCCUGCCAUUGGUCCGAUGCUCUCGGCAGUAAAUACACGCCAGUUUCUCCAGAAACUCGAGGCAUGCGACUUCAACCCGUACGACCGCACCUGCCAGCAGCGCUCCUGGACGCUGCCCUGGCACAUGUACCGCGCUGCGUACCGUCGGACUUUGUAG